AUGCUAAAGUAUAGGACUAAUUCCCAAAUGCUUAGAUUGGCAUUGCUUCAAUCUACUACUACAGCAAGAUCCUUCCAUUGUUCUUCUAUCAAUUUAGAAGCUACUCUUAUAUCAGGUACAAAAUUAGCGAAAAAUAUAAGACAAAAUAUUGCUCAAAAAGUAAUUGAUUAUAAUCAACAACAUUUCAAUAUUGGUAAAGAUGAAACAAGUUUUGACAAAUUAAGGUAUAAACCAAGUUUAACUAUUAUUCAAGUUGGUUCAAGACCAGAUUCUUCUGCUUAUGUUAGAUCAAAAUUAAAGGCUGCUCAAGCUUCAAAUAUUAAAUCUAAUCUUAUUAAAUUACCUGAAAACAUCCCACAAGAUGAAUUAUUGGAAAAAAUUGAUUGUUUAAAUAAAGAUCCAAAAGUCCAUGGAAUCUUAAUUCAAUUACCUUUACCUAAACAUAUUGACGAAACUUUAAUCACCAAUUCAGUAAUUACUGAUAAAGAUGUUGAUGGAUUUGAUCAUUAUAAUGUCGGUCAAUUAUCUAAACGUGGUGGAUCCCCACACUUCAAACCAUGUACUCCAAAUGGUAUUAUAGAAUUAAUUAAAACCACCGGAAUCCCAUUAAGAGGUAAGAAUGCCGUUGUUAUUGGAAGAUCUGAUAUUGUUGGUGCACCUGUUGCUACCAUGUUAAGAAAUGAAGAUUGUACUGUUACAAUUUGUCAUAGAUAUACUCAAGACUUACCAAAAUUGGUAUCUCAAGCCGAUAUUGUUGUUGCUGCUGUUGGGAUCGCAGAAUUUGUUAAGGGGCAUUGGGUCAAAGAAGGUGCAAUUGUAAUUGAUGUUGGUAUAAAUUAUAAACCAGAUCCAAAUUCUAAAACCGGAACUAAAUUAGUUGGUGAUGUUGAUUUUGAACAAGUUGUACAGAAAGCAUCCUUUAUCACUCCAGUUCCAGGUGGGGUUGGACCAAUGACUGUAGCAAUGUUAUGUUCAAAUGUAUAUGACGCCUCAUUAAUUCAUGCCAAGAAAGCUCAUGAACACGCUUUUAAACCAUUACCAUUACAUUUACUUGAACCUGUUCCUUCAGAUAUUGAAAUUUCAAGAGCUCAAAAACCUAAGAAAAUCACUAGAGUUGCACAAGAAUUAGGGAUUUUGGAUAAAGAAUUAGAACCAUUUGGACAUUACAAAGCAAAAGUUAAUCCAAAGGCUGUUAUUGAAAGAUUGGAUGAACAAGUUGAAGGGUCACCCGAAGAAAAAGGUCAUUAUGUCUUAGUUGCCGGUAUCACUCCUACUCCGUUAGGUGAAGGUAAAUCAACUACUACCAUGGGUUUAACUCAAGCUCUUGGUGCUCAUUUGGGUUAUAACUCAAUUGCAAAUGUUAGACAACCUUCCAUGGGACCUACUUUUGGUGUUAAGGGUGGUGCUGCAGGUGGAGGAUAUGCCCAAGUUAUUCCAAUGGAUGAAUUCAAUAUGCAUUUAACUGGUGAUAUUCAUGCUAUUUCUGCUGCUCAGAAUUUAUUAUGUGCUGCUGUCGAUACAAGAAUGUUCCAUGAAGCUACUUCUAAAACAAUCUCUGGAUUCUAUAAGAGACUUGUACCAGAAAAGAAAGGAAUCAGAACUUUUACUCCAUCAAUGUUGACCAGAUUAGCAAAAUUAGGUAUUACAAAAGCCAAUCCUGAUGAUUUAACUGAAGAUGAAAUUGUAGAAUUUGCAAAAUUAGAUAUUGAUCCCGAAUCAAUCACAAUCAAAAGAGUCGUAGAUUGUAAUGAUAGAUUCGUAAGAGAAAUCACUGUUGGUGAAGGUAAGAAUGAAUCCUCCAAAUUCCCUCCCCGUAAAUCAGGAAUGGAUAUCACCGUUGCCUCUGAAUUAAUGGCAAUCUUGGCCCUUUCAACCUCAUUGAAAGAUUUAAGACAACGUGUUGGUAAGAUUGUUGUCGGUACUCAACGUAAUACUGGUAUCGCCAUUACUGCUGAAGAUAUUGGAUGUGCAGGUGCUAUAACUGCAUUAUUAAAGGAUGCUAUUAAACCAAACUUAAUGCAAACUAUUGAAGGUACUCCAGUUUUCGUCCAUGCUGGUCCAUUUGCCAAUAUUUCCAUUGGUGCCUCAUCAGUAAUUGCCGAUCAAUUGGCACUUAAGUUAACAUCUCCAUCUAAUCCAAUUAACAACGGUCAGAAGGGUUUCGUGGUGACUGAAGCUGGGUUUGAUUUUACAAUGGGUGGUGAAAGAUUCUUUAAUAUUAAAUGUAGAACUUCUGGUUUGAAACCAGAUACAGUUGUUUUAGUUGCGACUUCCCGUGCAUUGAAAUUACAUGGUGGUGCACCUGAUGUUAAACCUGGUCAACCAUUACCAGAAGCCUAUACUACUGAAAAUUUGGAAUUUUUGGAAGCUGGUUGUUCUAAUUUAGCCAAGCAAAUUGCCAAUAUCAAACAAUAUAAUGUUCCUGUUGUUGUUGCCAUUAAUCAAUUUGAAACUGAUACCCAUGAAGAAAUCAAAUUGAUCCAACAUCAAGCACUCCAAGCUGGUGCUGAUUUCGCCGUCCCUUCUAAUCAUUGGGCAAAAGGUGGGGUUGGAGCUACCAAGUUGGCCGAAGCUGUAGUUGAAUCAGUUAAAUUAUCAAAUCAAUUAGAAAAGCAACAAUAUUUAUAUGAUGUUAAUGAAACUGUUGAAAAUAAAUUAUUGGCAAUUACAACCAAGAUGUAUGGAGCUUCUGGAAUUGAAUUAUCACCAUUGGCAAAACAACAGAUUGAAACUUAUACUCAACAAGGUUAUGAUAAAUUACCAAUUUGUAUUGCCAAGACUCAAUAUUCAUUAUCCCAUGAUCCUGCCUUAAAGGGUGUCCCAACUGGAUUCACAGUACCAAUUAGAGAAGUUAGAUGUUCUGCUGGUGCUGGAUAUUUAUAUGCUUUAGCAGCUGAGAUUAUGACUAUACCUGGUUUACCAACACAUGCUGGGUUUAUGAAUGUGGAAGUAAAUGACGAAGGUGAAAUUGAAGGAUUGUUUUAA